CUCUCUCUGAUAAAGGGGGGAAAUGUACAGUUAGAACACAGUGGGUUGGUAGCAGAAACUCAGUCACAGGCUUUUGCUUUUAAGCCAGAGGGGAAGAGCCUAAAAGACAGAGAGAGGCCAACAGUUUGUGCUGUCUAAGGCACUUUUGUGCGGUUGAGGAGGAGGAGGAGGCCACCAGGGGAUUAGGGCAGCCCUUGCCUUCCUCUUGGAUUGUGUGCUGACUGAGCAAUCUUGUGCAUUGUUCAUAAGAACAGCCUGUUGCUCUCUGCAGUACAGCUGUUCAGUGGCAGCAGUCUUUGUACGGAGGAGGAAAUGAGCAGUGUGCAGAACUUACUAUAUGUAUUAAGUGCUUGACUGAAGUCAGCAAAGGAUGGAAACAAUCCCUUGGCAAUGUCUCUGGGAAGAUUGCUCCGGCGUGCCUCUUCUAAAGCCUCUGACCUCCUGACCUUAAAUGCUAGUAGCAGCGGAGGUUCAUCUUCGGUAUUGGAUGGGGAGAUCAUCUACUCCAAGAACAAUGUCUGUGUCCAUCCACCUGAGAUGCUGCAAGGCAUCGUGGAACAUCACCCAGGCUAUUUGUGUCUGUACAUGGAGAAAGACGAGCUCCUUGGCACCACGCUCAUUCUGGCCUGGGUCCCAAAUUCUCGUAUCCAGAGACAGGAUGAGGAGGCCCUCCGCUACAUCACACCUGAGAGCUCUCCAGUCCGCAAGGUCCCCCGCAAGCGCAACCACCACACUCAGGGUUUUGGCACCCCUAUGCAGGCUUCUCCCUCAGAACAGAAACGGACUAUGGCCCUGAAAGAGGAGGAGGAUAUUUUGACAGUGUCACAACUAGUUAGGGACGUGGCCCAUGUCAGCUCCCCUUCUGAAGAUGGGGAGAAGCUCUCUCAGAGUUGCUUGGCAACAGACAGCAUCCAUAGCUCAGUGGAGCCGACUCAUAGUGACUCAGGAAUCUUAUCGACAAUCAGUUCUCAGGAUGAGCAGAACCAGUUGGAGGAGGCAGCCGAAGAAGGUCUGGAGGGCCACCUGGAGACCGGGGAAGACGAGGGCUCUUUGGAAUUGUCUGCCGAUGAGGUUAGCAGGGACAGCACCUUUGAUUCUGAUUCUGAUGCCUUCUCCUCACCCUUCUGUCUCUCACCCAUAAGUGAAGCACUCGUGGAAAAUGUUGGAUCCGUGUUCCUGGUUAAUGAAAACAGAGGUUCCUGCGAAAGCCACAUGACUCAUUCAACCAGCUCCAGUUCAAGUCUUGAUCCCAACUCUCAGUACCAGGAGAAUAAUGGGCCACUGCAAAGCUCCAGGUGGGAUGAGCAGCAGAAAGUGUUUGCCUUGGAACAGAUCUGUGGGGUCUUCAGGGUAGACUUGGGUCAGAUGAGAUCUCUUCGCCUCUUUUUCAGUGAUGAGGCGUGCACCAGUGGUCAACUAGUCGUUGCCAGCAGGGAGAGUCAAUAUAAGAUUUUCCACUUUCACCAUGGUGGCCUGGAUAAACUUUCUGAAGUGUUUCAGCAAUGGAAAUACUGCACAGAGACUCACCUCAAGGACCAGCAGCUCACUGAUGUGAAGACCUGCAUGCAGUUCUCAAUCCGCCGGCCCAAGUUGCCCUCCUCUGAGACACAUCCGGAGGAGAAUGCUUACAAGCGCCUCGAUGUGUCUGCGUGGCUCCAUCAUCUCAAUGAGGCAGGACAGGUAGAGGAAGAGUACAAGCUGAGGAAGGCUAUUUUCUUUGGUGGGAUCGAUGUCUCCAUCCGUGGUGAGGUUUGGCCCUUUUUGUUGCACUACUACAGCUAUCAAUCCACUUCAGAGGAGAGGGAAGCACUCCGAGUACAGAAGAGAGAGGAAUACUUUGCCAUCCAGCAGAAAAGACUCUCCAUGACCCCGGAAGAGCAGAAGGUGUUUUGGCGGAAUGUGCAGUUCACUGUCGACAAAGAUGUGGUGAGGACCGACCGCAGUAACCAGUUCUUCCGAGGGGAGAACAACCCCAAUGUGGAAACAAUGAGGCGAAUCUUGCUGAACUAUGCAGUCUACAGCCCCACCAUUGGCUAUUCCCAGGGCAUGUCUGACCUCGUGGCCCCCAUACUUGCUGAAGUCCUGGAUGAGUCAGAUACCUUUUGGUGUUUUGUGGGCUUGAUGCAAAACACAAUCUUUAUCAGCUCCCCCCGGGACGAGGAUAUGGAGAAGCAACUGAUGUACCUCCGGGAACUGCUGCGGCUGAUGCACGUGCGCUUCUACCACCACCUGGUCUCUCUCGGGGAAGACGGCCUUCAAAUGCUCUUCUGUCACCGCUGGAUCCUUCUUUGCUUUAAGAGAGAGUUCCCAGAUGCUGAGGCACUGCGUAUAUGGGAGGCCUGCUGGGCUCACUACCAGACAGACUAUUUCCAUCUCUUCAUUUGUGUGGCGAUUGUGGUGAUCUAUGGUGAUGAUGUCAUUGAACAGCAGCUGGCUACUGACCAAAUGUUGCUGCACUUUGGUAACCUGGCUAUGCACAUGAAUGGGGAGCUCAUACUCAGGAAGGCUAGAAGUUUGCUCUAUCAGUUCCGCCUGCUGCCUCGGAUCCCCUGCAGCCUGCAUGAUCUGUGUAAACUGUGUGGCACGGGCAUGUGGGACAGUGGCUACAUCCCUGCUGUGGAGUGUACUGGUAACCACCCGGACUCUGAUAGUUGCCCUUAUGGAGGUAUGGUGGAGGAACCUUCACUCAAGUCAGGGAAUGAAAGCAGGAAAGGACUGAAAACACGAGAGGUCUUCGCUUUUCGGAAAUGAGCACCCAUUGUCAUGGGCCUGGGAUGGCUACAGAAGAAAUGGGUACCAGGGGUAUGUCCCAGUUGAAGAGAAGAUGGAGAUGCUACUCCUCAGCUUCAAAAACCAAUGGGUAAACGAGAGGAAAAUACAGAUGGUGCAUAGCAGAAGAGUCCCUCCCCGCCCAUGGUCAGAGCUGGAUCUUGACUUGAGGAGCAACAUGAUCUGGCUUUUACAAUGGAGCUGUAGCUUUUACAGUCCAGAACUUCUGAAGGGAGUGCAAAAAUCUGAGCCCAAUGACUUUAAGCUGCAAAUGAAAAGGAUCUCCAGCCCUGUUCCCUGCUGCCCCAGUCAGAGGGGGACACAGGACACUUAGGAACGUGACUCCACAACCAGCAACGUUGACAAUGGGCAAUGGGGUCGGGUUAACAUUGUCCCAAUUCCACAAUCAUGCACCUGUGCGCGCGCACGCACACACACACACGUUGCUUUAACCAAAACACACAGCUCCUGGCUUCUGUACAAAGCCACUACGAUCACUUGGAAUAUAGUCUGCCAAAAAUAUAUAAGAGGAAUAAGAAUAAUAAAAUUGCAAUUUUUUGAA